UUACCGAAUGUUCGGUCAACACGCAAUGUAAAGGCAAAAGCAACACAAUUUAUUGUGGGGCAGUCAACCCAGAUCACAAAGAACGUUCGUGAUGCUGUGGGGGCAGAGAGUCCUUUACUAACGCCGCCACCACCGCAACCAUCACUGUCUCUUUCAUUAUCAUCAUCAUCAUCAUCAUCAUCAUUACAUUCGCCACCGUUCCCACAAGCACAGACAUCACCACAACCACCACCACCACCACAAACGCCACCACCACCACAAACACCACCACCACCAACACCAUCGCCACCACUACCACAGACACUGCCAGCAUCACCAGUAUCAACAUCACUAUUACCUCAAACACCACUUCCAUCAACAGUAAAACCACUACAAAAAUCAUUACCACCAUCACAAACACCACCACUAUCACAAACACCACCACCAACACCAUCGCCACCACAACAAACAUCACCACCACUACCACCACCACAAACACCACCACCAGCAGAAACACACCCAUCACUAAAACUAACUCCACCACCAACUCCAUCAUCACAACCGCCAUCACCAUCUCCGCUACCAACGCCACCACCAUCACCACCGCCAUCAACACCGCCACAAUCAGCACCACCUCAACCACCAUCAACACCAGCACCAUCACUAAGACCAAAUCCGCCAUCACAAACACCAUCAAAACAACCACCACAAACGCCACGACGACCACUAGGAAUACCAUCACCCUCACUAACGCAAACACCACCACCGUCAUUCCUACCGUUGUCACCACCACCAUCUCCACCACCAUCACCACCACCAUCACCACAACAAACCCCAUCAUCACCAUCAUCACAAACACCAACAACAACAUUAAACACAUCAAAAUCUAAUCAUCCAUUUAAUGGGGUAUAUGCCACCCCAGCGCAGUCAACAUUUGUAGAUCAGCCACCCAUUUAUGGCCUUUUGCCCUCAACGCACGCAUCUCCUCGCCCAAACCUUUCUACAUUCCAGACUUAUACGAACCUACAAACGGGUCCCUCUAAAGUACCGGAAGUCACAAGUCAGAUUCCCAACCUGGGCACCCAAGAUGUCAAUUUUCCUGGAAGGUCUACCGUUCAAGACAGAACUUCAGAAAAUCGCCUUAUAUCUCUUGGGAUCACAUCUCAGACACUGGUAGAUGUAACAGCAGCCAUAAACCCUGUAAACCGAACAGAGCAGGUUCGAUCCGCUGAAGCCCAGACUAGGCGUCAAACGACGCCGAUGGCCACGAUGGUAAGAACAACAAGAACACAUAUGAAUACAACAACUACAACAACAAAUGGAACGACAAUACCAGCAUCAAGAAGAGCCACUCAGAUACCAGAAUCAACAACAUCAGCAGGAGCAACAACUGCAAUAACAAAAAGACCUGAACUUUCAGAAGAAACAAAUAACAUUUUCCCUGUCAACAUCACCACUAUGACUGCUGCUGCUGCUUUUGGUGUUAAUUCCACCACCACCACAACCACUACCAUCUCUGACAUCAUCAACAUUGCCGUCACAAAUAUUGUCCUUAACGCUACUGGUGAUAUGAAAACGAAGGGCCCUGUUAAUACCAACAGAGCCUUUAACAAUAGGAACACCAGUAAUAGUACCAUGUCCGUGAAUACCACUAACACCAUUUAUAAUUUCGUUAGCACCACCGAUAGCAACAACAGUAACAGCAGCGUGACUGUUGAUACUACUUACGCCAAUAACAACCUCAUUAGCACCAUCGGUAGCAACAUCAGAAACACUGUCAUUGCCGAUAGCACAACCAGUAAAAUCAUCAUUAACAACACCGAUAGCAACGUUAACAACACAAACAACCUCAUUGACACCACCGAUAGCAACACCAGAAACGUUGCCACUGACAUUAAUUAUAACCUCGUAAACAGCACCGAUAUCAACAUUAGCAACACUGACAACUACAUUCAUUCCACCGAUAGCAACACCGUCAACUACAUUUAUUACACCGAUAGCAACACCGUCAACUACAUUGAUUCCACCGACAGCAACACUAAUAACACCACCCGUAACAACAGUAUCGCUAACACCAAAAACAGCCAUUAUAGCACAACUGAUAGCAAUCUAAGCAACACUACUACUAACAUCAGGAUCACUAACAACACUACCAAUAAUAUUAAAAACUCUGCAAACACCACCAGUACUACAAAAAUUAGAUCUAUGGUCAACAUCUCCCCUGGUGUCUUACAUUCACCCGGAACAACUUCCGUCAUAAAUUCCAGUCAAGGACAAAAUGAACGAAAUAUGACAGUAUUGGCUAUAGAUAAUCGACACACAGUUCCAGGUGUACAGCUGAAGAGCUCGUACGAAACACCUACCACUCAAAAACGUAUUGCAGACAUGCAACAAUAUAACAACGAUAACAACAACGACAACACUGUCUCGGGUGGGAAACGAACGUUGUACAAACUGCUUCGUCAAAAGAACAAAUAUAAGCCACAGCUGUGGCCCCGCGUUCAAAUAGGUAAGGAAACAGGGCAUUUGCAAAACUUCAAUACUCGGUUAGAGAGCGGAAACCGACACAAAUUCGAACGCGACUUCUUUAAACGGGUCAAACGAAGUUAUCAGGAAACGGAUACGUUAGGUCCUGAUACAGGGAGUGAAUUUCAAACCGGACCGAUGGGCAUUCGAAUUCCGGUGACAAUUGUUUCGGGUGUAACUGGGUGUUUUAAAUCCUCGGGAACGAAAACAUCGACUGUAUUACCACUGUUUGUGACCAGAAACCGAGAUCAAACUCAACAGGAUAUUUGGCAACCUACGAGUGAUAAACCUGCUAAAAGACAAACGAUGCGUCCAUGGGAGUUUCAAACUCAAGAGCCAACUGAUGUAGUAGCACACAACAGUGCAUUUUCCACACAACCAACCACAAUGAGUCGAUCAUCACAACAAAAUAGGAAUUCGAGCGAUGUAUGCUUCAUACCCAUUGAUGCUACAUUUGUUGACCCGAGUCGCACUCUAUAUAUAUUUAGUGGAAACACCGUUUAUUGGUUGUCGUUGUGCAGAUUACCAACUAAACAUAAAAAUAUUUCAUCAAUAUCAGAAAUGUUUCCAAGAAGCCCAGGAAAUAUUACGGCAGCGGUGUCUUUGGAGUUUGGCAGGAAGAAGAAAUGGUCCCGAACUUAUCUUUUCCAGGGUGACCGUGUUUGGAGGUAUCGGAAAUGUCGUGGUAGAUUCUGUCUGGAUCGAGGAUAUCCUAGAAAUAUAACCGAAGAAUUUGGUAUUGCCUUACAAGGGCAGGUUACUGCAGCCUACAUUCACACCAGGAGAAGAACACUUUAUCUAUUUAACGGUACUAAUGUUCUCCAGGCAGUCAGAUGUGUGAAGUGGUUACGUAGACAAGGAUGUUCGCUGAUUUCCAAUGCAAGACCAAUCGGAUUUCUAACCAGUCUUCGAGAUAUCGAUUCUAUGUUUACUGACAGAGACUAUCUGCACAUAAUUCACGGAAAUAACUUUUUUGCGUCUUCGCUAAGAUCUGCAAGAACUCAAAUUUUUCAACAUGGAUCUGUAAGCAAGAUCUUUCUAGGAUGUAAAUCAUAGAAUUGAGUGAGAAAUCACAAUUGUGUAACAUUUUG